UAUUUUCGUCGAUAUUUUUCAACUGUCAAAGACGGUCGUCGGUCUUUUCGUUCAUGUGUGCUUCUAACAUCAGCAUUUUGAAAAACUUGUAAAUCGCUGUUUAAUUGUAAAAAUAUUGCAUAAAACCAGUGAUUUUGCCGAGAACACACCAACAAAAUGCAACCUCAAAUUGUUCUGCUGAAAGAGGGUACAGACACCUCCCAGGGAAAACCUCAGCUCAUAUCCAACAUCAAUGCCUGCCAAUCGAUUGUGGAUGCCGUUCGCACAACCCUCGGGCCCCGUGGAAUGGACAAGUUGAUCGUCGAAAACAACGGCAAGGCAACAAUUUCCAACGAUGGCGCUACGAUCAUGAAACUUCUCGACAUUGUGCACCCUGCUGCCAAAACCUUGGUCGAUAUCGCCAAGUCCCAGGAUGCUGAGGUAGGCGAUGGUACCACAAGUGUUGUAUUGCUGGCCGGCGAGUUCCUCAAGCAGUUGAAGCCAUUUGUCGAAGAAGGUGUUCAUCCGAGGAUCAUCAUCAAGGCAGUGCGAAAAACGCUGAGCUUAUGUAUCGCCAGAAUCAACGAGUUGGCUUUCAAGAUCGAAAAGCACGACAACGAAAAGCACCGUGCCCUGCUGGAGAAGUGUGCCGCUACGGCAAUGAAUUCCAAGCUAAUCCACCAACAGAAAGAUUUCUUCUCGAAAAUGGUGGUCGACGCUGUAACGACGCUCGAUGUCCUCCUGCCUUUGAACAUGAUUGGUAUCAAGAAAGUCACUGGCGGAGCCCUCGAAGAAUCGAUGCUUAUUGAUGGUGUAGCCUUCAAGAAAACGUUCUCAUAUGCUGGGUUUGAAAUGCAGCCGAAAUCAUACGACAAUGUAAAGAUCGCUCUUCUGAACAUUGAGUUGGAAUUGAAGGCUGAGCGAGAUAAUGCUGAAGUUCGUGUGGACAACGUUCAGGAAUAUCAGAAGGUCGUUGAUGCCGAGUGGCAGAUUUUGUACGACAAACUGGAGAAAAUUCAUAAGUCCGGAGCUCAGGUCGUUCUUUCCAAAUUGCCCAUCGGCGAUGUGGCUACGCAAUACUUUGCCGAUAGGGACAUGUUCUGUGCUGGACGCGUUCAGGAAGAGGAUCUCAAGCGCACACUGAAGGCAUGCGGUGGUGCGGUUAUGACCACUGUUCAGGAUAUUGACGACAAGGUGCUUGGAACAUGUGCCCACUUUGAGGAACGUCAAGUAGGAGGUGAGCGCUUCAACAUCUUCCAAGGCUGCCCGAAUGCCAAGACGUGCACCCUGAUUCUGCGAGGCGGUGCCGAACAGUUUCUGGAGGAGACCGAACGAUCUCUGCACGAUGCGAUUAUGAUCGUGAGGCGUACCAUUCGUAACGAUUCCGUCGUAGCCGGUGGUGGUGCCAUUGAAAUGGAACUGUCCAAAAUGCUACGUGAUUAUUCGCGCACAAUCGCCGGCAAGGAGCAGCUGUUGAUUGGUGCACUCGCUAAAGCACUUGAGGUUAUCCCUCGUCAACUGUGCGAUAAUGCCGGUUUCGAUGCCACCAACAUCUUGAAUAAACUUCGACAGAAGCAUGCACAAGGUUGCCAAUGGUAUGGUGUUGAUAUUCUCAAGGAACACAUCGCAGACAACUUUGAAGCGUUCGUCUGGGAACCAUCGGUAAUCAAGAUCAAUGCUCUGACUGCAGCCUGCGAAGCUUGUUGCAUGAUUCUCUCGGUAGACGAAACCAUCAAGAGCCCCAAAUCUGGUGGCGGAGAAAUGCCCCAGGCCCCUAUGGGACGCGGUAUGGGACGUCCUUUCUGAAGGAGUGAAAUAAAAUUACUUGCAUAAGUUCAGUCCAUUGCCUCUUAAACUUAAACCCGCAUAUUUUAUUUUACAAACACUAAAAAGGAUCAUUCAUUGCUAUGUCACCCUUCUAAUAUCGACUAUCUUUUCAUACACCCUCCAGUGUUUCAUUCAUACUCAAGUGCAUUGUGUAAGCAUACCUUUAACGUACGCUUUAUCACCAACAACUAACGGCUUUGCGAAAUAAACACCGGUGCGAAAUGUAUUACCGAACUCAAAAAGGAAGCCAGUAAUAAAGAAGAAAUCAAAGUUGCGCAUUUGA